CAUUACAUAUAUAGCCUAAUAUUGGAUCAAACAAUUUUAUUCGCCUAAAAACUUAUGUAUUGGUUGAGAGUUAAUGAAAAUCACGAUCUAGACACAGCACGUAUGGGUUUAACAGGCUUUUUACCACACUAGAGUGAGUAAUUAGAAUGAGUAAACAACGGAGAACCUUCGUGGAAAUUCCAUGACAAAACAGUAUAAAAACGAAGACGGUUUUGUAUGUUGGUUCUUCUAAACGGACAACCAUCGCUGUUCACAGUCGGCAUUCCUUGGUUCUUACGGUCAUUAUUUUAGAACGAAAUGGGGGCGGAGCAGAGUAACGAAACCUACAUGUCCACGUGGUCUGACGAGAGCGGUGACCAGUACUGGGCAGACUUCGAGUCCAAGCCGUUUUCAGCGGGCGCGUUUCGCCAUGCUUUUAAGGGACACCUACACGGCAGGGGCCCUCGUGGCGGGGACCAGUGUGUAGUCAAAGUAUUCAAGAAAGAAUACGCAAAGCACAUCACAGAUUGGACUGUAGAUGUGGCCACUUCGAAAAAAGCCCAGUCUCUGGCCACAAAGUUCAAUGAGGCUGUUCCCUCCACAAGGCCACUAAAAUUUAUGACCCCGAUGGUCGCCAAAAUGGAGAAGAGGGCGGGGUUUAAGUUAUUCUGGAUAUUCGACAUUCCUGACGAAGAUUCAGCCAAAAUCGUUUUUGAGAACGAAUACGUCUGCAUGGAGCCUUUUUUGACUGGCACGUAUCAGAAGUUUAACGCAAAUAAUGGUUGGGUCAACCCUAACAUGAAUGUCUCCCUAAUCCCUGCUUUUUCUCACUGGACGUGGGCUCACAGUGGUGGGAAAUACCUGGUCUGCGACAUUCAAGGGGUUCGGGAUGACGACGAGUAUCUCCUGACGGACCCUGCGAUUCAUUCCGACGAGGCAGGAACCUACGGCAACGCUGAUCUUGGGUCUGAGGGCGUCGAAGCGUUCUUUUCCACCCACAAAUGCACGGAAUUCUGCAAGAACCUCCACAAACCGCGUAAUAAUCGUCGCCCUCGCCGCAUACGCCCCAGUCCCGGCACAACAUAUGGGUUUACAUUGUAAAUUAGCCAGAUGUGCUAUAUGCAAUACUGUAUAUAAAAUGACUAUCUUCAACACCAGGGGUGUGCUGGCAAAGGUCAUCAAUUUUAGCUUUUCACCUUGUACUCUCUGAACAGGGUUUCUGGGAAAUGGAGACGUGUUAACUAGUGAAAAUGAUAAUAAAAAUGGACAACCCCUUAGACGUAGACGGCGAGACCUGUGGUUUAUUCACUGUAGUAGGACAUUGAAAACAAUCGAGUGUCUUCAUAAUUUAACCUUUCUUACAGAUACAUGUAUGUCAUGGUUAAUGUCCAUAAAGGACCCCAUCUAUGAUAAUUGAGUAAGUUGCCGAUGGUUAAAGCGUGGGAGUUGCAGGUUGUCUCUUGACACAUGAGAAUUUUUAGCCGGCGCCUGUACGCGUCGGGGAAAACGCCGAGUUACUGCUCAUGACCUCACGAAGUUUUACUUUAUUUUUUGUUUUCAUCAAGUUUGCUCGACUGCACGAGGCAUUUAGUUGUUGGGAAUCUUAAUGUACGUUAGUUGCCACUCGAAAAUGACUCUUAAGGAAUUGAGAUGAUGUUUUGCAAUAUAUUCGUUAGUACUAGCUAGUAGACUUUCUUAGUUGAAAUAUAAAAUGUGCUUAGUUGAAAUUAAAUGUGCAUAAUUACAUUAUUUGAGAUCGAAAUGUUGAAAUAGAUUCAGAUAAGGAUUUGUUGUAAAUUGGCGGAGAAAAGCGAGCUAGAUAAGUAUUCAAAUAGUUUUACCUCUUGCGUGAGCCAUGUAACAAUCACAAAGUAUUAUUUUUAAUAAAAAUAAAGAAAAUUUCUCGUAUU